UUUCAAAUCGAAACAAAACAGUGCCAGAACUGAGGGCUGUUACACUUCCUCAACUUGCCUCUACAUGUCCAGCCGAGUGGGUGAUCCACAGCCCAUUCAUGAAUAAGAGUUUAAAAGCUCCAGCGGGGUGAUCCCCGGUACUCUGUCCCUUUACAAGCCCUGCGGAGCUGAGUAUCACCGAGCCCCCGAUGGAAGGAGCAGAGCUGAAGUCUGUCCAUAAAUGUUUACAGAGCUUCCCAAAGUUCCCGCUGUGGAUCAUAGAGCACGUCUGGGCUCAUCAGAUGAUGGAUGUACAGCAAGCUGUGGACCCUUCCUCCUGGCCAGAAGUGGACUCCCAGCCUCUGAGCCUUGAAGAUUCAUGGAGGUUGCGUGUUGCCUCUGCCCAGGUAUAUUCCAUCCUGAGGAGCAGGGACGUGCAGCACUUUGAGAGAGUGAUGGGCUUUUUGGAAGCCACUUACAGACUUUUACCUAGACUGGUGGCUCCCAUCAAACACAUGAAGAUCAUUUUUGGCCUCAAGACCUUGGUCAUUAUGUGGAUGUUCCGGGAGGGCCGAGGAAUGGUUGAUACUGUGUUUAAAAUAAACCAGUUCUUCCCAAGUAAACUACCUCAAUACCAACAUCAGUGUAGCCAUCAUGAAAUGCUCCUAAUGAGGAAGAACCAUCUGGACUUCAAGGCUCUGGCACAAGCACUUGCUAUGGACAAGGACAAACGUGAAGAUUAUAUUAAGAAUCAGAUGGAGGAGCGGUAUGGUGAACAUUAUGCCCAGAAAGUAGAAGACCGGCUGCUGCACUAUCUACACGAGUUGGAGACUGUGUUACCAGGAGAUACCUACAUUGAUAAGAUACUGAAGAAAGACAGUCCUGUGACUGAAGAGGAAAAGCUAUUGUUGGAAGUAAUUACCUCUGACUCCACGACCAUAGCAACAACUCUAAAGAAACUGCUGCACUGUGAUGUUGCCUCCUGUCGUCUGUGCAGGGUUUCUCAGUCAUCAGAACAUGGAAAGAAGGGCAUGGAAAGCUCUCAACUCUCAAGGUCUGUUCUGCAGGGCAACUCUUCAAAGGCUCUACUCAAGUCAGUGGAAGCAAAAACUCCAUUUGAGUUUCAGCCAGAUGUUUUAAGGUUAGGAGAGGAGGCUGAACAAGAUGUGUCCAAGGACAGCCCUUUUUUAUUGGAGACUGACAAUAAUUCAGAUGUUAGGAGACAUCAAGGAACAGAGGAGGAUGGUGAGGUAGUCAAGAGGGUGAAGGAAGAGAGCAGUGACAAGGAAAAGGCAGACAUCAGUCAGAGAAGCAGUGAAGGUGUUCAGGAGGUCACUUCCUCUCCUCAGUUCUGCUCUAAACACCAGCGAUGGGUGAAGAGCAUCCUGCAGGAGUGUCCCGACGAGUGCUCCGAAGAGUUGCUGCUUCAAGCUAAUGUUUCUUCAUCUCCCCCGUUGUUCCAGUCGUCUUCCUCCACCUCUUCAUCACAGGACCUCACCCCGUCUGACCUCGUCCCAUGCCCCGCAAACCAACAACAUUCACUUCCACAGACCUCCACCCAUCUUCAGACAGCAGCUCAGGCAUGUGAACAAGCAAACCCUGAAGAUAAGCUGAGCUCUCGAUCACCUGGAUCUUUAACCGGUACUCCUCAAACAGAACCACUACCUCAGGCCCCCUUAUCCAGAGACACUGUGCUGCCCGCCCUGUUGUUGCCGGUGGUCCGAUUGAUAGACAUUGCCUCCGUCAGAGGAAUCUACCCAACCUUUAAACCCCAUCAAGCAUCUCCAAAUAAUUGUACCAGGUCUAGUAAGAAACAGACCACUUCCACUUCCAGUCCUCAGGUCCUAACCUCUCCACACCGCCAUAUCUCAGGAAGAAAUGUCAUGGCUCAGGGAACAAUGAAAGACUUGUUUACCCAAACAGAAACCAAGGCCCUAACAAAUUCCCAAAACACAAUACGCAAAGUGCAAACAGCUCCUGUAUCUCAGGAUGCAUGUAACUCUACCAGCUGUACACCACAAAGCAGACAGUCUUUUUCCAGACUUUCAAGGAAGUUUAGACGGGCUUGUACUACCACCAGACAUUCACAGGCUCUGGACGGAUUCAGUCAAAACCCUUUAGCUGCCCAAACAACCUUCCGGACAAGUUGUCCACCUUUGCCCGACGACUUCAAUGUAUCUGAGCUUCUUACACAAUAUGCUUCUACCUCUACUUCUCAUUCAGGUACACUGUCCUCUGUUUGUACUGCUAACCAAAUCCCUUUAUCCGAAUCAUCUCGACAAGUUCUCCUUCAGAGUUCCAUCAAACCUCAUCUUCAGACACAUAACAUCAGUCCUUCUCAAUCAAAGACCCUACCGUGCUCCACUGUCAUCUCCUCGCCCACCAACUCUGAUUGCACGGCUGCCAGAUCUGAAACCAGCAGGGUCCAAGGAGCCCAGCUGAGGUUAUCACUAUCCAGUCAGGCCAUGCUGCUUCAGUCCAAGCUGCUAAAGCCCUACGUGAGUCUUACCAGGCUGAGCACUCAGGAGUGUUAUCAGUGGACCAAGGGGAGAUCCUCAAGUUGCUAUGUAGAGUCUGUGGUACAAGGGAGCAAUGGCGACAACGAUGAGGACAGGAGGAAGGAGGAGGAAGAAGAUGAAUAUUCUUUUGAUCUGAACACUCUUUACUCCAGUCAUUCUUCAAGCUGUGACAGCGAGGACUCCCUUGAGUGCGACCCUGACUACAAACCUCGCAAUAAAAAGAAAAGACUUCUCUAUGAGUAUGUGAAUGCAAGGAGCCAAAUUCAUACAUGACAUUUGAGCAUAUGGACUAUAGGCUGACAGAUACUGUAUUUUUUAGAUAAAUACUUAUAUCGAUACUGAUAACUAUAUAUUGGCCAAGUGUACAUAUUUUUUACAUAUGCGUAUAACAUAACAAUCUUGAUAAGGAUCCAUUAGAUUCUUUUUUAAAGAAUUGUCACUAAGAUACAUACUAAGUGGGACAUUUUACUUACUUAAAAGUCAGUGUUGGUGCUUUCUGGUGGACAAACCAUGUAAUGGUAACACUGUUUCUAAAUGAUUGGAAAACCCAAUUUUUACAUUUCUGUAGUGCAAUUUCUUGUUAUUGUUCCUGUUACUUAUCAGUUUCUUAUGAUUCUUAGCUCUUUUGUGGAGUUAAUUUAAAUACCUUUUUUAGAAGGACAUGAUGAGAUCUCUGGCUUCAACUAUUGAUUGAAGGGUGGUGACUGAACUAUUGGACAAAAAAAAGACUAAUGUACAUGUUGCUUCAUUCAUUUAUAAAGCUGUUGUGUGACCUUA